AUGGCAGAUAUCGAAGCUAAAGUCCGUGAGAACUUAUAUCGAUUAAUCAUCAGUCAACUGUUUUAUGAUGGUCAUCAAAACAUUGCAACAACUCUGGCCACCACAGUUCGAACAUAUCCAGCAUGUCCACCAUCAGACCGUUUGAUGAAACUGUUACAACUUGGAUUAAAAGCGGAAGAAGCUCAAAAUCCCCAGCAACAAGUCCCCACAGAGGCCGUGACUCCAGGCACAGGAAUUGACUUGGAAUAUGAAACAGAUGUGCAAACCAUUUCUCCUGAAGCAGCUUUAUAUGAGACUUGUUAUGUCACUGCACACAAGGCAGCUUGUAGGGCAGGAGCCUUUCACCAUUCAGGUCAGCUGAUUGCUACUGGUUCUGAGGAUGCUUCUAUAAAGAUUUUAGAUGUCGAAAGAAUGUUGGCCAAAAGUGCAACCCCUGCUGAGAUUAUUGCCAUGGAAACACCACAACAAACAAUGGAGAACCACCCUGUCAUCAGAACCUUAUAUGACCACAAUGCUGAAGUUACAUCUCUGGAUUUUCACCCUUUCCAUCAGAUUUUGGUGUCAGGAAGCAAAGACUUCAGUGUCAAAUUUUUUGAAUUCUCAAAACCUUCAGUUAAAAAAGCCUACAAAAGCAUCCAGGAAUCUGCACCCGUUAGAUGUCUUUCAUUCCAUCCAUCAGGAGAUUAUAUUUUGGUUGGAACUCAGCAUCCAGUCUUACGACUUUAUGAUGUCAAUACAUUCCAAUGUUUUGUGUCUGGUAAUCCUGCUGACCAACAUGUUGGACCAAUCACUUCCGUCAAGUGGAGUCCCAAUGCUCAUUUGUAUGUGACCAGCUCUAAAGAUGGAGAUCUGAAAUUAUGGGAUGGUGUUAGUAACAAAUGCAUCAAUACUUUCAAACAUGCACAUGAUGGACAAGAAGUCUGCUCGGCUGUCUUCUCACGCAAUUCUAAAUACAUUUUAUCUAGUGGAAAAGAUUCAUUGGUUCGGCUUUGGGAAUUAUCCACAAAUCGUUGUCUUAUUAUUUACACUGGAGCUGGCUCCACAGGGAAAAUGGAACAUCGCAGUCAAACUGUGUUUAAUCACACUGAAGAUUAUGUAUUAUUUCCUGAUGAAAAGACUACCAGUUUGUGUUGUUGGGAUUCUCGUAAUGCUGAAAGACAAAGAUUAUUAUCCCUUGGUCAUAAUAAUGUCGUUCGAACAAUUGUUCAUUCACCAACGGGUCCAGCGUUCCUGACAUGCAGUGAUGAUUUUCGUGCUCGGUUCUGGUAUCGGAAAGCUAACAGUGACUGA